AUGGCUGAGCAAGAAAGUUCAUUUUAGGGAUCAGGUCUUUUUGAUAACCUUAGAAAGUUAAUUAACGUCAUCGAUGAAUUAAGAGAUGUCGGUUUACAACAAUAUAUUAGAUUGCCUAGAAUCGCAGUUAUUGGUUCUUAAUCAUCUGGUAAAUCAUCUCUUCUCGAAAGUAUCGUUGGUAUCGAUUUCUUGCCAAGAGGUUCUGGUGUAGUUACUCGUAGACCUUUAGAACUCAGAUUAGUUCAUGUGCCUCCCAAUGAAAGAUAAAUCAAGCCAUAUGCUAUUUUCGAUGUUGAUAAAUCAAAGAAGUGGGAAAACUUUGAUUAGGUUAGAUAACAAAUCGAUUUCUUAACUGACCAAGUUGCAGGUAAGAGAAAGAAAAUUAUCAAUGACCCUAUCGUAUUGACUAUUUACUCAAAUGAUGUUAUCGAUUUGACAAUUAUUGAUUUGCCUGGUAUUACAAGAAUUCCCUUAAAAGAUUCAGACCAAUAAGAAGAUAUCGAAAAAGUUACUAAAGAUAUGGCUUACUCAUACAUAAAAGAUGAAAGAACAAUUAUUUUGUGUGUUGUUCCUGGUAACUAGGAUAUUUCUAACUCCGAUGGUCUCUAAUUAGCUAGAGAAGUAGACAGAGAAGGCAAUAGAACAAUUGGUGUUGUUACAAAACUUGAUAUCAUGGAUGCUGAUACUGAUGCAAGAAAAAUGAUCAUGGGUCUUGAAAUUCCUUUGAAAUUAGGAUAUGUUGGUGUCAAGGGUAGAUCUCAAAAGGAUAUUAAUGACAAUAAGAGAGUUUCUAAAGCUCUUGACGAAGAAAGACUUUUCUUUGCUUAGCAUAAAGUAUACUCAACUAUGGAUCCUAAGUUCUUAGGUACUAAAGCUUUGACUAAUAAGUUAUCAAGUGUGCUUUUCUAUCACAUUAGAAAUAUUUUACCUGCUAUCGUCAAGGAAAUUAAAGAUAAAUUGAAAGAAUGUGAAGAUAGACUUAAAGACUUGGGUCCCUCUCUUCCAAGAGAACAAAAAGAUAAAAUGCAACUUAUCUGGACCAUGAUUACUGAUUUUACUGAAAACUUUAAAAAUACAAUUAAGGGUAAAUACGAUCAAAGACGUUCUAAUAUUAAUACAGAAUUAUCUGGUGGUGCAGUUAUUAAGAUGAUGUUCAAUGAGCUUUAUGAAGAUUUCAUUUAAAAAACCUUUAGAGCAACUAGAGAAUAUAGCGAUAAAGAUAUUUAAACAGCUAUUUAAUUGCAUUAAGGUGAUUCUAUUCCAGGUUUCCCCUCAAUAGAUGCUUUCUUAUAUUUAAUUAAUCCUCAAUUAGAAAAGCUAAAAGACCCUGCCUUUGAAUGCUUAACUUAAUGCUACAAUUAUUUGGAAGGUUUAGCUAAUAAGAUUUUGAAGAAAAUAUUCUCAAGAUUCCCCACUGUUAUGGACGAAAUUGCAGAUAUUACAAGCAGAGUGCUUCAAGCUUAAAGAGAUUAAGCAAAAGAAGUUGUUAACAAUAUUAUUGAAUCUGAAUAAGGUUACCUUUUCACUAAUGAUUUAGGCUAUCUUGCUCACAGAACUCAUUUGAUUCCAGCUCAAGAAUCUGGUAAAGAAGGUUAACAAUAGAUAGAUGCUGAAAAAGCUUUUAUUAAUGAAUUGAGAUCUAGAGUAGACGUUUACUUCAAUAUCGUUGUCAGAAAUGUAAGAGACUCUAUUCCUAAGGCUAUUGGUUUCUUCUUAGUUAAGGCUGCUUAAGAAUAAUUGUAAUAUUAAUUAUAUAAUGAAAUUAUGAGAAGUGAAGAUUCUCUUGGUAGCAUUGCAGAACCUGCCAACAUCGCAGAAGAAAGAGAUACACUCAAUAAAACUAUCGAAGUUCUUCAAAAGGCUCAUAGAGUUAUUAAGAGAGAUCCUGAUCUUCAACCCAGAUAUGAUGGAUAGAAUCCUUAAAAGCAAGUUGUUUGA